GUUUCGCUCUCGUGCUGGGAAGCGGGUGGAAAAAUCGCACUUUCCUUUUCGCACACACGAAGUGCAGUCAGAAAUAAAGUUGCUCACGUUACAUACAUAUAUGCGACAGAGCCCAUUUUACGUGACAACCUUGAAGGACUUGUUUAUAUUGUUUUAUACGUUGUUGUUGUUGUUUUUUUUUCUCUCCAUUCGAGUUUGUUUAAUUAACCGGUGAGCAGGAGUGCGUUCCGGUCUUUGUGCCUGUAUUCGCGAUCCGUGGACUGCUUAGUCUAGCAAGGGACCGUUGGACAAGUUAAAUCGUAAAACCAAUCGCUACAAGAACCGGAAAUGCCGCAAGAUACGGACGUGCUGUCCGAGCUGGACUUGGAGGAUCCACCGCAGGAGUUAGUCGCGUGGGCCAAGAAACAUUUGAACGAAGAUCCUGAUACCCGUCUGAAAGUGCUCGACGAUUUCCGAAACAUGAUUUACAAUCGUGGUGAAUGUGUGCCGCAUCGGACGGACGAUGCAUUUUUGCUUCGUUUCUUGCGGGCUCGCUAUUUCCAACUCGAACGCUCUCACAGACUGCUGGUGAACUAUUACAACUUCAAAGAGAACAACCCGGAAUUCGUCGAGGAUGUGAACCUCAAGCACUUGCAGAGAAUAGGCGACGACGAUAUAAUCACCGUACCACCGUACAGAGAGCAGAACGGAAGACGCAUUUUAUUAUACCGGAUAGGGAUAUGGGAUCCGAAAAAGUUCACCAUCACCGAACUGUUUCAAGCUACGUUGGUCAUCUUGGAGUUGGCGAUUCUAGAGCAGCGAGCGCAGAUCUUAGGCGGCGUCUGCAUGUUCGAUUUAGAAGGUUUAUCUCUGCAGAAGUCUUGGCACUUAACGCCCAGCGUCGCUUCUAAAAUAGUGCAAAUUAUGGUCACCAGUUUCCCAAUGAAAAUCGAAGCCAUUCACAUAGUCAAUCAAUCGUGGGUAUUUGAUAUGGUGUUCAACGUUUUCCGACCAUUCUUGGACGAGAGAAUGAGGAAGCGGUUGUUCUUCCACGGCGAUGAUUGGGAAUCUUUACAUCAGCACAUAGAUCCUAAACAUUUACCGGAACGAUACGGUGGAGUUCAUCCCGAUUACAAUCACAAAGACUGGAUGAAUUAUUUUUUUAGAACUGAUAAGAUUAUCCAAGAAAUGGAAUCUAUGGGUUACAAACACGAUGAGAAUGAAGAUGAAACGAAUAGUGAGAAAUGAGUUUACAUUUAUUUCGUAUUCAGUUUUUGGUGUAGUUAUUAUUAUUAU